AUUUGAUUCAGAACGUUCGUAUUGUGAAUGCCAGAAUCUAGUCAGAGAAUUUUAUUUUUAAUUGAAGCUGAAGUUAGCUUUGUACUACGAUUUUUCAAAAUAAUUCUGUGUUCUGAUCUCUUCAAAAUAUGUGCGACAGUCAUAUGAAAAGAGUGUUCCAUUUUUGUGUGCUAUGCACACUUCAGGCCGUAAAACAAUUCAUUGAUUUGGUCAACGAAUUAGGAUCGAACGUAAACCGUAAGAACGUGACUACAGCGACUGCUGUUAAAUUUUUGUUCGCUCGUAAAUUCGAUGUUCAACGAGCUGUGGCUCUAUAUGAGCAGCAUGAACUAAUAAGACAACGUGAAUGCUUAUACAACCUAGACCCGAUGUCCGAUCCAUUACGAACGGAACUGGAAACCGGAAAGUUUACAAUUUUGCCGGGACGAGAUGUUAGUGGUGCGGCCAUUGCAUUAUUUUCGGCUAAUCUACACAGUCCUCUGACUGUCACUCACAAAACAACGUUACAAGGUGUCGUUUAUCAACUGGACAUUGCAUUGCAGAACGUUGAAACGCAAUCGAAAGGAUUGAUUUUCAUCUACGACAUGAGUUCGUCCAAGUAUUCGAAUUUUGACUACGACCUGUCUCAGAAGAUACUGACGUUGCUGAAGGGAGGUUAUCCAGCUAGACUUAAAAAAGUGUUGAUCGUGAGUUCGCCAUUAUGGUUUAAGGCACCGUUCAAAAUAUUACGGCUAUUUGUACGUGAAAAGCUGCGUGAACGCGUCUUCACCGUGUCUGUGCCUCAACUCAGCCUACACGUCCCACGUGAAUCGUUACCAAUCCAUCUUGGUGGUUCACUGAAGAUUAAUCAUUCCACAUGGUUGGCUCAUUGUCACAAAUCGAUGACGAAUCGUGAGGACGAAUUAUUAGCCAACAUUGGGCAACCAGCCGGACCGCAGGUGUCAAACGAUUAUGUUUGCGAGGCAACCAAUCAGCAACAGUUAAAUAAUCACCAGGAUGGUAACCAGUUGAGCGAAUUUUAUUCGGAAAAUCCACCAAGCAGCGCCUCGUCCGGCUUUAGUGACGAUGACAGUUUGGCCGGUGCUGAAGGUGAUCCGAAAACAAUCGAACAAAUUGUAGAUAUGGUUCGUUCGCGAGGACGACAGGGUUUGGUGCAGGAAUAUGCUGAAAUUCGAGCAAGGGCACCGGAAGGAACAUUUACGAAUGCUAGGAUAAGAGUUAAUUUAGCUAAAAAUCGGUACACAGAUGUCCUAUGUUACGACCAUAGUAGAGUGAUUCUAUCGCAAAUGGACGACGAACCGACAUCUGACUACAUAAAUGCCAACUUUGUGGACGGCUAUAAGCAAAGGAAUGCUUACAUUUCGACACAAGGUCCAUUGCCGAAAACAACACCUGACUUCUGGCGCAUGGUUUGGGAACAACACUGUUUGGUGAUAGUCAUGACGACAAGAGUAUUGGAACGGGGACGCACCAAAUGCGGACAGUAUUGGGAGACCGAUGAGGGUGGUGAAUGGGAACACGGCAGUUUUCGGGUACGGACAAUCAGUGUUGAAUCGAAUGAAGAGUACACCGUUUCAACGCUUGAGCUUACAAAUUCAAAGACUGACGAAUCACGAAUCGUAUCCCAUUGGCAAUUUACUAGUUGGCCCGAUUACGGCGUGCCAUCGUCUGCAAUGGCAAUGCUGAACUUUCUGCAACGUGUCCGAGAACAACAAGCCAAAAUGGUCAAGGACAUGGAUGAUACAUGGGCUGGUCAUGGCCGAGGACCACCAAUAAUCGUUCAUUGCAGUGCUGGAAUAGGUAGAACUGGAACAUUCAUCACAUUAGACAUUUGUAUAUCUCGACUGGAAGAUGUCGGUACGGCCGAUAUUCGUGGCACGGUGGAAAAGAUUCGCUCGCAACGUGCAUAUUCCAUCCAGAUGCCCGAUCAGUAUGUCUUCUGUCAUUUAGCGUUCAUCGAGUACGCAUUAUCCAGGGGUAUGCUACAAUCGGCGGAUCUAAGUGGCUUUGACGAGCGCGAAGAAGACUCCGAAUAGAAACAAUUUUUUCUCACCCGAAAUUCCGAGCGAAUUAACACACAAUUUUGGUUCGAACACAGACGAUGAUGGAAAGUGACUGUAACGCAGAAAAGAUAAGAAUUUUGUUACUCUUGAGGGGUCAGUGAUAAAGUGUUGUGGGUGUGAUACAUAUGGGCACCAGAUGGACGGAAGUGUUUGUACAUUUAAUGAGCAUGAGAGAGGAGAAGAAAAAAAAACCGUGGCCUAAUGCAACAUACCGGUGCACUGCUAACACGUCAAUGAAAGUGGAAUUUUGAAAUGAAAAAAACUAAUUUUAAGUGGACGAAAGUGCAGGCAAACCACAGAAAACCAUCAAGACGAUGACAAUGUAAAUUUCGAAUUUUCGCAAUUUUUUCGGGCUGUUUAUCACACAUUUGACCAUCACGACAUGUAAUACACCUUCCAGAUGUAUCCUAUUCUAGUGUUUUGUAAACUUUUAUUUUUUUGAGUAAUUUUUUUCAUUCGAUUUACCAAAAUAAAAUCCGAGAAAAUUUAGUCAAUUGAUUGCAAUUCGAUUUGGCUCAGCAAACGAUGUCAACGAAGGUGACGAAUCUCGAAAGGACACACUUUUCUCGUUUUAGAGACUAACGUCGCAUGAUCAUAGUCGGUGUUCACUUAUUUGUUCGCUUUUUUGGUGAAUAUAUUGCUUCAUUGAAUCAAACGUGCACGAAUGGGCAUUACAGACCGAAAGUGCUUCGGCUGCUAAAUCAUUCAAUAUGACCGCAAUUUCUGUGGGCUGAAUGAUUUUGCCCCUUGACACGGGCAUGGGCCUUAACUCCUAGUUCGCCGAAUUUUUUGCAGAAAACUUGUUCAGGGCUCAGAGCUGAUGACGCAUUCACUUGGAAGGGCUGACAUUUGGGGUUUACCAAAAUGUCAGGAUUUCGCCCGUUUCAAGGGAAUGCGGUAAUGUCCUAAAAUAUCAAGAGUGCAUUCAAAUUCCAUUAAAACUUCCGUGUCCGGAAAUUACAAUUAUCGAGAAUUAUAAUUGAGUGGAAAGUGAUAUUCAUGUGGAAUCCCCGGUGAAUUGUGGAAGCCAUGAAUUGCAAGUCCCGGAGAAUAUCAGUCCUCUUCUCAUUAUCGAGGAAUUAAAGUUUACGGGAAAUUAGGAUCAGCAAUGGUGAUUCAACAUUACAAUGGCUUUUUGACAAGGACAAGAUUUGCGAAAUUAUUUUCGUGAAUUUCCGCAAGUUUUCUCAAUUUUCAGAGAAUUUUCGCGAGUUUUCUUUAAUUCGAAAAAAUCGAGAAAAUUCAAGACCUGAUGCUAUCGAACCUGGACGUUUAUUACUUUAAACCUUAGGUCCGGUGGCGGCUCUUAUUCCUGUUCAAAAUAUAUGGUUUUCAAGAAAUGAAAAAAAAUUCUCUCCGUCGAAUGUGAACGAUAUCCAAUCGUUACUUUGUCAGCCUUUAGUUCUGUGACCGAAAAAUUGAAUAAAAAAAAAAUUGUUCAGCAAAUCGUUUUAAAAUUAAUUAAUUUUACUAACAAAACAACAACCAAACUUAAUGUAACAACAAACAACACACAAUUUUCUACACUAUCGAUGUAAGUAGAAAGAAAAUAUUUGCUGUAGUAGAGCCGCUCGUAUAGAAAUUUUAAUAAAAAAACAAAACAAAACAAAACGGAAAAUGUAAAAAAAAUCUUUUCUUUUCACAUUUAAAAAAACAAACGACGAAAACAAAAUGUUGUAGGCGGCUCGGCCAUGGACAUCAGAAGAUUUUAAGCAAACAAAUAUUAAUAGAUCGAAGUAGUUUUUCUCUAGGUUCUAGAAAGACCAUGAUUUUACACGUUUGAAUUGAUCACGAAGGCAGUGGCAGCUUAAUUUCUAGUGGCGCCUCCAUCGACUUUUGUGGACGUUUUGUCUACUAAAACAUUUUAUAUGGAACAAAUCCAUUGAACCGUUCAAAUUUUACUGUCAACUGCCUUUGUGGGUGUCUUAAUCUGUUCUUUCAGUACCAAGAUUUUUUUUAAAUAUUAAAACAGAAAAUUUAAAAAAAAUCGCGCGACAAUUGUGCUAGUCUCUUUAUACCACAAACACUACGUAUACCGAAAAAGUAAUGAAAUCGAUUGUCCUUCUUUGAUAGAAUUUAUAUUCAUAAAAUAGUGUAAAACGUCUUAGCAGUCAUUCAUCAUAUGAAUCAAGAAACUUUAAAAAAAAUGUACAAAAUUUGACCAUUGACAUUUCGGUGUAAACUCCCACAUCUUUAUCACGAAGAUAUGUAUUUUCGUAAUUCCGCUCUUUGAACUACAAAUAGCUCAAGUUUGGUUCGAAAUUUCAUGAGGUCAAUAACCUGCAUACACCACACCGAAUUUACCAUCCAAUUUCUAUUGACUUUAAUCGAUUUCUCAUUCGUAAAUAUUAUGAAGAGAACAACGUUUUGAUUAACAAUUCCAACAAAUCCUCAUUAAAACAACACUUUUUCUGUAUUAUUUUCCGCUGCAGCUGGCGCUCUACAGGAAAUUUUCAUACAAUGAGAGUGCAUUGGUGUGAAGUAAUGAAUCGGUUGGAAUGAAAGUAAACCGGUAAACGAAAGAAUGGGCAGUGUCGUGUGCACCAACUCACACUCAUCGGGAACAGUAAAAUAAACUUUACAUGCUACAUGCGCCGGAAAUUGCACUUUUCAUGUGCACUGCCUCAGCAUGAAAAAUCAAUUACAUAACUUGGAUUAAAAGUGAAAAGUCUCGUUUUAAUGUGUUUAUUGACCUCGGCUACGCCUCGGAUCAACACAAUUCACACACAUCCUCUACCUCGUACUCUACUUUUCAUCGUUUUAUCAUGUAAAAUACUAUUACAGAAGAAGGGAUAAAAAGUUGAAAACUCAUGUUUUCGUGUGAAUUUUAUAUGAAUCGAGACGAAACCGAGGCUUGUUAAUGACUACUGCAUGCUAAGAGAGUCGAAUGAAGUCAAUGAUUUACGAAAAGUACGAUUUUCGGUGUGUGUGGCAUGUAAAAUCCAUUACAUAUUUUCGAAUGCUUACUGACCUCGCCUUCGCCUCGGAUCAACACAAUUCGCACUUUUCAGCUCAUUAUAUCUUGUUCUAUAAAUGACUAUUAAAAGCAGCCCAAUACACACUCGGUGUGCUUCUUCACUCGGGCUGUGUUGAAAUUUAUUAUAAUUUUCGGGAAGAUUUUUUAAUUGUAAAAAUGUCUGAUUCUAGUUAGAUUAACAAUUUUACCGUAAUUCGUUCUUCGAUAUAAAAAGCUUCAAAAAUGUAGAAUGUAAAAAUUGUUCCAAAAAAGGCUAAUUUAAGAAAGGAACGAAAGGAGAGUUUUUUAAUUCUCAUUUUGAUUAGUUGUUCCGGAUGAGAUAAAUAAUUUUAUGAUGAACUUGUAAGAAUAAUAACACUGUCCAGCAAGCGGGUUGUCUUAAUUGCGUGUAAAAAGAAAUGAAGAAAAAUAUUUUUACAAAAAAUCGAAAAGCAAAAGUGAAACAAGAAAAGUGAAAUCAUUUAGAAGCGUAAACUGGGUAUUAUUUAUUUAUACAUAAUGUACUAUUAUUAAUAAAUUAAAAUUUAGAAUCAAUUGUAAUUUUGUUAUGAAAAUGUAAUAUUUAACAUUGUCCUUAGGGAAACUUGUACUGUAAAAAUAAAAAUUUAAAAAAAGAAACAAAAAAUGGGAAAAUGUUUUAGAAUUUUUGUCAAUUUUAAGUACCUUCUUCCGAUAAAAAAAGAAAUGAAAGCGUUAUUUACACGACGAGUGAUCAAUAGUUUUUGUGGGAGUUUUGUUGAUCCAAGGCGAAGCCGAGGUCUAUAAUUACACCGAGUUUUGUAAUGGAUUUUACAUGCUGUGGGCGUCGACAGUUCAGGAAAUUGAUUUUUUCAUUUUUUAGCACUACUUUCUACGCUCCUAGCAUGUAAAAUCCAUUAUAUAACUCUAGAUAAACGUAAAAAGUCUCGUUAUAGUGUUCUUAUUAACAUCGGCUUCGCCUCGAAUCAACAAAACUCACACUAAAAAUCGACUUUUCAUCUUGCUAUCGCUAGUGUAAACAUAUUCUUUUGACAUCAAAACAAAAUAUAAUUUUCAUUUCGUUUUUCGUCUUUCAAUUGAUUGUACAAAAUAAAUGAGAGAAAAUUGUAAAUCAAAUUUCUUUUUAAGAUCGUCCUAUAUCCAACAA